AGGCCGCGCUGAGGCUGUCAUUGAGGACUUUAAAUUGGACAUGGCCACGCCUUCCUCCAGUCACAUGGUGGGAAGAUGCUUUGUUGCUACGGAGACGGGCACCUACUUUGAAGGCACUGGCUUCCUGAAAGCAGUCUCCUCCUACAGAGUGGGUCUGGAUGUGUCGAUAGCCUUAGAGUUCAGGACCAGCAGAACCAAUGGGGUGCUUUUGGGCAUCAGUAACCAAGCCAACGAUGGACUGGGACUAGAGAUUGUCGAGGGCAAGCUGCUCUUCCACGUUGACAACGGAGCUGGACGAAUCACAGCGGAGCACGUGCCUGAGGGCGAGGGCUUCUGCGACGGCCAGUGGCACUCGGUCACUGCCAAGAAGCUGCGGCACCGCGUGGAGCUGGUGGUGGACGAGAAGCAGAGCCAAUCAGAGAGCCCCAACGCUCGCUCCAACACGUGUGACACAAACGACCCCAUCUACGUCGGAGGAUAUCCGGGUGGAGUUCGGCAGGCGGCUCUCUCCACCAGCACUUCCUUCAGAGGUUGUAUGAGGAACCUGAAGAUCACCAAAGCUUCUAAGACCAUGGAGGUGCAGUUCAACAAGGCUCUAGAGAUUAAAGGAGUGCAGCCUCUCUCCUGUCCCGCUGCAGCUGCAUAACUGCUACCUUAGAGCUUCCCCUUUGUUGUCCACUCAACAGAGCACUCCUACAAGGGGCUACACAUGUUCAAAUCUUGCCGCUCUUCUCAUUUCUUUGUUUGGUCUCCUCUAUCGCCCUGCCUUUGACCCAGAAAUGUAUCUCAGUGUACUUUUGAAGGAAGGAUGUCUCGAGCAGAGUAUGGAUAGGUGUAUUCUUU